CCCUAAAACGCCACCUUCUCAGCAGACCCUCAAGAAUCGACCCAUCAGGACGCCAGAGCUGCUUCAGCAGUGACCACCUUCUCCCCCUAACACGUUCUUCCUUCUUCACAAACGGCCCAUGUCAGACGAAGGCCUGCAAGAGGCAGCCGCCUGCCCCUGGCGCUGCCCCCGGCCUCCCAGGGUUGCUCUUCAGGGGGCGGCGGCGGCGGCGGCGGCGGUGGCCCUCGGCUGGGGGCUCGGGCACCUCCCGGCCCCCACGCAACCUCCAAGGCUUGCUGCAGAUGGCCAUCACCGCGGGCCUCCUGAAGAGCCAGACCCUCCUCCAGAACCCAUGAGUGAGGAGAGGCGUCAGUGGUUGCAGGAGGCCAUGCCGCUGCCUUCCGAGGCCAGCGGGAGGAGGUGGAGCAGAUGAAGAGCUGCCUCCGAGUGCUGUCACAGCCCAUGCCCCCCACUGCUGGGGAGGCUGAGCAGGCAGCCGACCAGCAAGAGCGAGAGGGGGUUCUGGAGCUGCUGGCCGACCUGUGU